UGGAGGGACGCCGCCGCGAGUUGGUCUCGGUAGUCGGUACGACGGUACCACAGCCUUGACGCCGCUGGCUUUCAUACGUGAGGGGAGGUCGGCCUUCAGUCUCCCGUUCGCCUCCUCGACCCGCGCUGUCCACCUAGCCAAGGCCAUUCCAGCCCGGAGAAUAGGGCAGGUCGGAUGCCUCGCACGGUGUCCAGGUCGCCUCCGCCCUUCCGCCGGCGGCGCUCCCCUUCUCCGCGGUACACCAGCCGGAGAAACCGACGAGAUCGCCGCCGCUCCCCCUACUCCUCCCGGCGAAAAACUCGGUCUCCUUCUCCACUAUGGGAUAGGAGCAACUCACCAACUCCGAGAAGGCAUAGAAGCCCACCGUCUCCAAGGAGACACAUAAGACGGAGAAGUCGGAGCACUACAAGUUCAUUUGUAAAUAACUCAUGCAGUCCAAGUCGCGGAUCAGAGCAAAUAAAUUUAUCUGAAAAACACAAGAUGGAAGAGGAAGAAAAGAAAAGGCGUCAUAAAGAAGCUGAAUUUAAGUUAUUGGAAGAGGAGCUUGCUAGAAGAGUCGAAGAAGCUAUAAGGAAAAAUGUCGAGGAACGUCUGAACUCUGACGAGGUGAAACUUGACAUAAAACGCCGAAUUGAGGAGGGUAUUAGAAAGUUAUUUGAUGAGGUUGAUGCUCAGCUACAAAAAGAAAAAGAAGCAGCUCUUUAUGAAGCCAGGCAGAAAGCAGAGCAAGAAAGAAGAGAGAGAGAGGAGCUGGAUAGAAUGCUUGAAGAGAACAGGCGUAAAGUGGAGGCGGCUCAAAGAAAAGAAGCUCUUGAGCAGCAGCAGAAAGAGUUGGAGCGAUAUUUGGAGCUGGAAAGGAUACAAAAGCAAAGAGAAGAAGCUUUACGCAGAAAGAAAAUGGAGGAGGAAGAAGAGAGAGCUAAUGAGCUGAGAUUACUAGGAAAGAGCCGACGUUGACCUGGUGCCAUCAUCUUAGGUCAAAACCGACUUUGGUGGCUGAUUAUGUCAAAACUCAAAUUCAAUGGCAACUUAGGUCGUGUUCAAUAAUUCCUUAGGUUGUGACUAGAGUGGGACAUAAUCUUUUUUCUAAUGGUGUACUGUGUUUGCUAUAUGUUGGAUUGGUAUUUCUGAGAAACUGAUUUUUCUUAUGAAAAUGUGAUAGUGGUUGCCCAUUUAUGAUGGAUCCAAUUAUCACCAGAACCGGAUAAAUUUUUACCUCCCAACUAUCAAAAUCAUUCAUAUUUGACCA